AUGCCGCCAAGAACACUUUACUUUGUUCGCCACGCUCAAGGGGAGCACAAUGCACAGCACGACGACGGUAUCCCUGAUGCAGUCUUGACACCCCAUGGUAAAUCUCAAUGCCGCGAUCUCAGUGCCUCAUUUGCACAUCAUGAUUCCGUGGCAUUGGUUGUCUCGUCACCUCUGCGCCGUGCUCUUCAGACAGCUGUGCACGCUUUCGCACCCGCCUUACAGAGAGAUGGAGUGAGGGUUGUUCUACAGCCAAUGGCACAGGAAAUGAAUGCAUAUCCCUGUGAUAUUGGUACAGAUCGAGAUGAACUGGAGAGACAGGUCAAAGCUGGAGAGCUUUGGGACACAGAACUGAGUGUUCCGAGUAACAAGAUCGAUUUCAAUGUGGUUGAGGAGGGAUGGAACGUUAAGGAAGGAAAAUGGGCUCCAGAUAGGGCAUCCGUCCAGAAACGCGCUGCAAAGCUUCGCUCUUGGUUGUUCGGCCGCAAGGAAGAUGUUGUGGUUGUGGUCUCGCAUGGCGGCUUCUUGCACGCCUUGACCGAAGACUGGUCCAGCUUCAAUGCUUCUCUUGGUACCGGAUGGCAGAACUGCGAGAUCAGAGAGUUUGUGUUCACCGAGAAGUCGACACAAAGCAGUGCGCACGUCGUCGAGAAGGCGACGCUGGCUCCGAAGCCGAAUGGAGGAGAGACAGAGCCUCAUGUCGUGAAGGAG